AGAAAGAGAGACGGAAAAUGCCAGUUUUCCAAUGCUGGUUUACUGGCUCCUGAAAUGCAUAUUUUCUUCAAUCUCUCUUUCAUUUUCUAAAAUCUCUCUACCUUCCUCCAAAACCCUAACCAAGUUCUUUUUCUCGCCAUUUUUUUCUGUUACAUACUUCCCAUUUUCACCUGACAUUAUCGCACACAACCUUGAUCUUCCGGUUUUGAGUAGUUUCAUCUUUUUUUUUUUUUUUUGUCAAGACGAUCGUUUCAGAAGUUUGGGGGUGUGCCGCUGUGGUGUUUGAAACUUCGAAACCGGGAUUCUACAGAAGCAAAGAGUAGACAAUGUCUCACAGAAGAGAGUUCAAGCGUGACCGUAGUGAUUCAGAAUUGGAAGAGUUGAAAUAUAGAUACUAUAGAUAUUUGAGAGAUGGAGAAGUCAAAAUCAGCAGAUCAGGAAAGUAUUUCCAUUGUCCAUAUUGUCAAGAUAAGAGAGGUAAGGAGUAUGAUAUGCAAGAGCUCCUUAGGCACUCUUAUCGGAUAGGUAAUGAUUCAAAGUCUUCAAGUUUGAGAGACAAGGCUAGACAUCUAGGAUUGCAUAAGUAUUUAGAAAGGAUUAGAGAUGAUAAAAGUGAUGCUAGGAAUACAGAUGGUAAAAGUGAUGCUAGGAAUACAGAUGAUAGAAGUGAUGCUAGGAAUACAGAUGAUAAAAGUGAUGCUAGGAAUACAGAUGAUAAAAGUGAUGCUAGGAACACAGAUGCUAAAGGUAAUGCUACGCAUACAUCACAAAUUUCAUCAGUUAACGAUCCAUCUAUGAAAGGAGCUGAUGAAGAAACUUUUGUUUGGCCUUGGAAAGGAAUUGUUGCUAAUAUUCCAGUAGAAUAUAGGGAUGGAAGGUUUGUUGGUGAAAGUGGUCAAAAACUAAAAAUGGAGUGGGUUGCCAAAGGGUAUAAUCCAAUGAAGAUUCAUCCACUGUGGAGCAAUAGGGGUCAUUCAGGAUAUGCCAUUGUUGAUUUUAAUUGUGAUUUUUCUGGAUUUGAAAAUGCAAUGGCAUUUGCACGGGAGUUUGAACUGGAUAAGCAUGGUAAGCGGGAAUGGUAUUCAAGGAAGAAAGAUGAGAAACUUUAUGCAUGGAUUGCUGGCAAAGAAGACUACGAUUCCAAUAGUAUCAUUGGGAAUUAUCUAAGGAGAAAUGGAGAUUUGAGAACCAUUUCUGAGAUCCAAAAUGAGAACAAAAGGAAAGAUUCCCAACUAUAUUCCAACUUGACCAGUAAACUGGAGUCCAAGGACAAGAUAUGUGAAGAGAUGGAGAAAAAGAUAAGUAGAGCUGAAGUUAAAAUGGGCAAUGUGAUGAAACAAAAAGAGGAGAUGCUUGCAGAGUAUAAUAAAGAGUUGAAGAUGAUGCAGCAGAAGGCAUUGGAACAGCUGGAAACCAUUUUGAGUGAGCAUGAGAGAAGUAAACAACAAUUAGAUGAUCAACGAGAACUGCUGAAACUGCGAGAAGAUGAACUAAAACAGCGUGAAAAACUUAACGUCAAUGAGAAAAGAAAGCUCGACCGUGAGAAAGAAAUGAAUGAGAGGGCAAUUCUGGCACAAAAGAAGUCUGAUGAGACAAUGAUGAAACUGGCUGAUGAACAGAAGAGAGAAAAGGAACAAGCGUUGGAGAAAAUUAUUGCACUGCAAAGAGAACUUGAUCGGAAGCAAGCAUUGGAGUUGGAGAUAGAGAAGUUAAAAGGUUCCGUCGAAGUUAGGAGACACAUGAAUGAGGAAGGAGAUUUGACAGCUAAAACUGAAUUGGCAUCAAUUGAAGAAGAGCUGAAAAAAAAGCAAGAAGAACUUGGUGAUAUGGAAGACUUGAAUAAUGGACUUAUUAUAAAGCAUCGACGUGACAAUGAUCAGGUGCAGGAAGCUCGCAAAGAGAUGAUCAAUGGCUUGAAGGACUCUCGUGCCAACAUUUGUGUCAAGAGAAUGGGAGAACUUGAUGAGAAGCCAUUCAUCCGUGCUGCAAAGCUAAAAUAUACAAAAGAAGAAGCACCAGAAAAAGCUUUAGAGCUGUGUUCCCUGUGGGACGAUCACCUAAGGGAUCCACACUGGUACCCAAUUAAGGUUAUCAAGAAAGGAGGAAAAGAUGUGUGGGUGAUCAAUGAAGAGGAUGAGAAACUGGUGGGUCUGAAGAAUGAGUGUGGUGAAGAAGUGUAUAAUGCUGUGACCACUGCACUGAUGGAGUUGAAUGAGUACAAUUCCAGCGGCAGGUAUCCAGUACCCGAGUUGUGGAAUACUAAGGAGAAAAGAAGAGCGUUAUUGAAGGAAGGAGCUGAUCAAAUACUAAAACAAUUGAAGAGGCUUAAGAGUAGAAAGGGCUAGAACUUACAGAUAAACACUAAUCUCCCUUAGCGUUUUAACUCAAAUUUGUUUAACUGUUUGGUAAAACUUACUCCAUAUUGACUCUUUUCACCAUUAACUUCUUUUUAUUUAUUUUUAAAAGUAUUUGCUUAAAUGGA